AAAUCAACUUCUCUGGUGCUCUUCUUAUACCUUCGUCGCCUAUAAUCGAGCUCCAGCUUUUUUUGUUUUCUUCUCGAUUGCGACAGAAUAAUUGAGGAAGAAAUUGGAGAAUACGGCGCCGCUCGGCGGCAUCGCCGGGUAUCGUCGCGGUGGGAUGAAGGUCGCCAGCGUGCCUACUCCAACCUUGGCGAUCGUCACAUGCCACUCGCCUUGCACAGAUGAAGAGCCCAAGUAGCCUUAGCGUGCGUGCGCGGCCUUUCCUGUUGCCGGGGAUGGAGUCGUGGAAGCCACUUCGUAGACCCUGCCGAGUGCAGCGAAGCUCGGUCUCUCUGCCGGUGUGGUGCGUUGCCGUGCUGUGCCUUUCGUGUCUCAGUGGUGUCCUCGCCGACGAAUCCCAGACUCCACUGGUGCGGAUCGAAAACGGACUUCUCGCUGGCAAGCGAAUCUCGGUGUUGGGGAAGGAUGUAGACGCGUUCCUCGGCAUACCGUACGCUUUGCCCCCAAUAGGUAACCUGCGAUUCGAGAAGCCGCAGCCUGCCGAUGCUUGGGAAGGCACGUUUCAAGCCGUCAACAAGCCACCGCCAUGCCGUCAGCUGGACAUGCCCUUUUUGGCGGGUACACGUCUACACUAUUCCAACACUACCACGGAGGAUUGCCUGUACGCAAACGUGUGGAGGCCUUCGUCCAGCUGUCCCCACUCCGAGUCUUGCGGAGCCAAGCUACCCGUCAUCGUGUUUAUACACGGCGGAGCGUUGCAAUGGGGAGAUUCGAGUUUGUUCAUACAUGACCCGUCUGUGUUCGUCGCCGAAUCGGAUGUCGUGUUCGUCACGUUCAACUACCGUGUGAGCAUGUUCGGAUUCCUUUCUGCCAAGAACCCGGACCUUCCAGGUAACACUGGCAUGUGGGAUCAGGUUCACCUCUUGAAAUGGGUUCAGAAAAACAUCGAGAAAUUCGGUGGUGACCCUACAAUGGUGACGCUCAAAGGUCAGAGCGCCGGCGCCAUCACAGCCGGCCUGCACGCCACGUCUCCGCAAAGUAAGGGCCUCUUCAACCGAAUCAUCAUGGAAAGCAGCACGCCAUUAUCGCUGUUUCUCACCAUGAGUUUCAAUGUCGUCGGUCAAUUCGUGAACGUCGCCAACGCACACGGUUGCAUCGACAACUCGAAAGACUGGAGGGAGGAGACCCACGCCAUCGUCAACUGCCUCAGGAAAGUUGAAGCUGACACCAUUAUUGCCAAAUUGAAGGAGGAGACCACUUUCAAGCAGAUGUUCCCGAUGGUCUUCGGCGACCAGUUCUUUCCCAACGACCCCUUGGAUCCCGAAACGUACGCAAGUCUACACGUAAAAGAGAUUCUGCUGGGAACGACGACGGACGAAGGUACAGUCUUCCUCAACAACAUACGCAACGUAGCACCACAGUUUGAAGACUACAUAUCUGGAAACUACCGUCUUGCCGUGACACUGGCGUUGAAGACCAUGUUCAACAUUCCACUGUCCCACGCGCGCGAUAUCACGGUUGCCUACUUCGGAGAUCAGAGCGUGGAGCACAACAGAAAGUCCGUUAUCGACAUCGUCUGCGAGCUCUUUGCUGACGCCACGAUUUACUGCCCGACACUGAUGUUCGCGGAUGUUGUGACUCAGCGAGGCGUGAAGGCAUAUCGUUACGUAUUCGCCCACAGAGCCUCGGACAACUACUGGCCAGAGUGGAUAGGCGUCACACACGGGGACGACCUGCCUUACACAAUGGGUUCGUUACUCCUGCCUAAAGACGAGAACCUGUUUACUCCUCCAGUUGGACAAGACCUUCGUGACUUGGUUCUCAAGAAGACUCAUACCCAAGACGAAGAGGAGUUCGUCAAGCAGAUAGUAGCAAGUUGGACGGCGUUUGCGAAACAUGGCACGCCUGCAAUGGUGACACCUGGAGACAAGUGGCCCGCGCACAUGACCAGCAAUACGCUGCUUGUAAGCCUCAAGCCGAACAGCUUCAACGUGACAGCAGAACAGCGCAGGUCACGGUGCAACCUCUGGAAGCCGUUGCUGUUGCGCAAGUCUUCAUCGCACGCAUCGCAAAGCUCAUCUCAGCAAACCCCGAAAACCACUACCGCAAAACCCACUUCCAAGGCACCAAAGGCGAAGUUGUCACAGGAUAAGGCAAAUUCGGUCUUCAAGAAACGACCGUCGUCGAGUGCCAUCAAUCUUCCAUCAAGUCUGGUUACGGUUGCCCUCGCCUUUCUCACAGCUUCCCAAUGGUGAUGAAAGACUGUUGCACGAAUAUCUUUCCCCAAUUCCAUUGGCUGUUACGGAGCGCAGCGAGUGAGCCAACACCAGCUAUAUGAAGCAAGAACACGGUGCUCCGGCCAAAGUCAACCACGUCACGAAGUGUAAGCCGACAUGCCACGUAAUCAAAGCUAUACUCAACAUUUCGUGCUAAUGCUUUGUCUAAGCGCUGUUGGCAUUCGGAAACAUCGACCUCCAAAAGUGUGGUCGUGGCUACAGGUAUUACAGACUUGCGUCGUGAAGGCUAUUGCGAUGAAGAUGCGCAAUCCUAAGCUAAGGGGGUGUGUUGUGCACAACAGGUUGGUCGAGUCCUUGGUGAUAUCAUCCCCCUUAUGAAUGUCUUACUAUACAUGUAUUCAUUGCAUAUGUCAAGCCCAGUUUCAUCUAACACCCAAGAAAUGCCCUAAGAAAGAAACAGUAUUGGUUCCUAAUUCUUCGCCUAUCAAGUUUCUUCAAGGGUGAAUUUCUCGCCUGUGAGUAUGACGCGAAUAAAUAUCAACUAAUAAACAAUGUCCGACAAC